AUGGCGGAUGAUGUCCUGAGCAAGGUCGAAGAUGUGGAGCCCUAUUCCUUAUACGGCCUCUCCCGCUACCUCUCUGAGAUUGGUGACCUCUUGGACAGGGCAGAUCAAGCCUCCGUGUCCAAGGCGCCCAAAGCCCAGGAAGCAGCUCUGCUGGAGCAGCGCCCAGCGAUCCUGGAGGCCCAAGGCCGCGUGCGCCGCGCCAUGGGCUGCCGCUUGGAGGAGCCUCUGACAAAGCGGGAGAAGCCACUUGCAGAGGCCUUCUUGCAGGAGCAGAUUUCGAAGCUGCAGGGACAGGCCGAGCAGCAUGCAGAGAAAGUGCAGUCGAAACUUUUGGAGCGCCGUUUGCUGAAGGCUCUGCGAGACGAACGGGCCAAAGCAGGCAUCGAUCGCUUGCAGCAGCUUUUGGUCCAGGUUCGAGGCAAGAGUCCUGCCACCGAGUCCAAAGCAGUGCGGGACAUUGAGGCCUCCCUGAAGCAGGCUGAAACAGAUUGGAAGGAGAUCUCACCGAUCUAUGAGAAGUGGCAGGCUGGAAGACACAGCUUCCGAUCCAAUGCAGAUCUGCAGGCAUUUAAGAGGCGUUACGAGGAAUGCAAAAAGAUCCGGGAUGCUGGCGAUGAGAAGUUGUGUGCGGCCCUCUGUGCCCGGCGUAGUACCAACAUUCCACAGGAGCCACAGGACGUGCCAAAGGCAGGAUGGUCUUCCAUCGCACGCAAGGCCCAAACAACGCCGGCUGCGUCGACGCCUGUGCGGGGUGCGGCGGCUGUGGCGCUAGAUUCCAAGAAGAAGGCAUCAGCCAAGAGCAGCUCCUCCUCUUGGGCCUCGCAGACGAUCAGCUUCGCACAGCGGCUCAGAGCUGAGGCUGUAGCGAAAGUGCGGCAAGCGACGGAGCAGGAGACAGAGGACGAUGGCUUCUGGACGGAGGGCCUCCCGACAGAGAGGCCCCCACCACCCCCUCUUCCGGAGGCGCAAGACAAAGAACCAAAGGAUGGUUUUGCGGCAUCAAGGGCUUCCAAGCCGGGGCGGCCACCAAACGCGCCGACCAGAGCACCUCUGUCUUCCCUUGCGAACUCAGGCCGACGCUGGGGGCCCACGGACCCAGGCCAGUCCGAGGACGAAGAUGUGCAGGCAGAUGCUCCUGAGCAGCAGGAGGCUGGCAGCAAGCCAUCCAACGUUGCGCGCACGGAGCGCGGGGAGGUUCCUGUCCCCUCUGCGAAGAAGCGCGGCAAGUCGAACAAAUCGAAGCCGCCCGCGCCACGGCCACGGGAGGACGAGAGCGAUGCAGCUGCCGCCGCCUCCGCCGCCUCCGCUCCACACACGCCUCCAAGCGGGGUCUGGUCAGCGGUGGAGGCGCUCUUCGCCGGGACCCUGGUCUCCGAGCUGCUGCGAUCCGCGGCUUGGCGAUGCGAGGCAGAAGCGCGUCUUGUUGAGUUGAUCGAUCGGCUGCCGCCGUCAGCUCCGCUAGGCCUCCCGAUGCCGCUGACAUGGGUGCAGUUCAUGUCUCUGGAGAUGGAUGGAGGUCCCAAGAGGACAUCAAGGCGUGGAGAGUCACCCUGGCUGCUGCGGCUUAAGAGAAACAUCCCACGGCUCCUGUCCCACUACGUGAGCAUUGUCUUUGCACUCCUGUUGCUUCACUCGCUGUCGCGAUUUGGGAUACUGACUUGGCUGGUGGCCGCUCAGACUUUUCUGCUGCUUCUGCCCCCGCAGAAUAUAGGGCAGUUUGGCCCAUCCGUUCAUGUGAUGGUGUUGCAAGGUAUCCAUUUGCUGCUGUGGAUCUUUUUUGUCAGAUCGUUGUGGCAGUUGCACAUAUUCAUUCAGAUUUUCCUGGCAUUGGUGAUUUGCGGCCAUGCCUAUGCUGUGAAUGAAGUGGGGAUCUCCCCAGUCUCAGACGCUUGA